AUGGAGUGCAUCUGUGUUCCAGAGAACCCUGAAUCAGCUCCUUCUGGCCCUCCAGAAAAUUUUCAAGUAAAACCACUUCGAGGAAAAGGUACUGCUGUCACAGCCACCUGGGAUCCACCUGAGCAAACAAAUGGCCGAUUAAGGGAAUACAUCCUUUCCUAUGCUCCUGCUAUGAAACCUUUUGGUGCAAAGUCAGUUACAUACCGCGGCACCAUCACCUCUGCUACCAUAGAUGGACUUACGCCAGGUGACCGCUAUAUCUUCAAAAUUCGUGGAGUCAAUAGGAAGGGCCAGGGACCACAGACUAAAGCCAUUAUUGUUGCAAUGCCUGCAUCCAGCUCUACUCACUUAAGGAACACAGACAGCCACAAGACAAGUUCCUUAAAGACAUCUUCAAACAAUGAAUCAGACAAUCAGGAGCCAGAUGAGAUGGAAGAGUCCGAUACUCAGACCACAACUCAAGUGCCACCCACAAACCGACGAGGACGCCCUCUUUCUCAAACAAGGUCCUAUCACAGCAUCUUCUCCUCUGUGAGGGGUUCAGUCAGAAAUGGAGGUUCUAGCUCAAGGUCAAACUCACAUUCAUCACCCACUAAUGCCAAAUAUAGAGAGGGAGAUACAAAUGAGCCAACUGACAGUCCAACAGAAGAGGAAAUAAGAGCAAAUGAAGCUACUGAGGACACAAAACCAGAGAGCAGCAAUAAUGCAGCACCACAAACAGAGGAACAUUCAAAACACUCUCAUGACACACCAAAGAAUCAAAACUCCAGUCAGUCUGAAUCUGUCAAAAGUCAUCCUUGGACCCCAAUCACAUCCCCAAUUAUUGAUAUUAGCAGAUUAAGAAGGCCUAAUUCUCGAUCAAGAAUUCGGAGUGAAGCUUCUUCAAGUUCACAAAACCAGGAGUCUGCAGCUACAAGAAAGGACCUAACAGCGGUCUCCUAUCCUGAGGAAAAGAACUCAUACAACCAGAAAAGUGUCACUGACAGAACUCCUUCAGUGAUCUCAUCUCAGGAAACCAGGCCUGAAUCAGUGAAAGAGUCAGAAUCCCCCUCAUCCUCAUCUAUCUCCUCUCCAACUUACUCUUCCUCCUCCUCAGCAUCAACUUCAUCAUCUUCUUCUUCAGUAUCUUCUCCUUCAUCCUCUUUACCUUCAUCAUCAGCAGGUACAAGAAGGACUUCUUCCACGUCUGGUCGAGUCCCAAGUUCAGCAUCUGGUGCCAUGUAUCCUAACGGAAGAAGAGUUGGAAUUUCAACUAAAGCUCAGAGACUUCAAACAGGAAAGCACAAACCUGAGUCAUCGUCAUCAUCAUCAUCAUCAUCAUCAUCAUCAUCAUCAUCAUCCUCAUCAUCAUCAUCAAAUGCUUCUUCACAAUCAACACUGCCAAUAGGAACUAGGACGAGCAUUCACCAUACAACAGAGGAGAAAAACACAGAGCUAGACAACACAAAAGGUGAACAACCAACUGAAGAAACCAAAAAAAAAAGCAAUAGCUAUGUUUCUACUUCCCAUUCUUCUUCAAGGACUAACUCUUCUACAACAGGAAGAAGUUCACCGAUUUCAUUACCAAACCGAAAUUCCAGGAUAGUUACAGGAAAUCGCAGACAAGAUGGGAGAAUACCAUGGAGUAGGGCCGCCUCUUCUGUAGGUGCAGGAAGGCCAAUUAUUAAAGGAUUUCCAUCUCGUUCUACUUCUGUGAGCUCUCAAGGUACUAGUGAUAAAAUCCCCACAACAUACCCUUCAAAGCAUGAGGCUAAUCCUGUGUCAAAACCUAGUGUGCUAAACAAAGACACAAAUGCUCCAAUAAGUUCCAACAAUCCCAGUAAUAAUGAAGAUGUUAAAAUUAGCAAUGAUCAUGAAGAUGAUUAUAUUUGAGGAAACAGAGCGACCUUGGAGAGGCAAAGCAAAGAUGCCACCUCAACUGCUGCACCUAAAACCACAACAACAGCCGUAAGCGAAAUUCACAGACCUGGCCAGAAUAUUGAAAAUGAAAGUGUGAAUAGAAAACAAAGUAGCACCAGUAGCAAUUCAAAGUCAAUUCCUUCAGGUGCCCAAAGAUUGCCUAUUUUGGCUUCUAAUGGUCGGGUUCGCUCUCCUGUGGUAGCAAGCCGUCUGAAAGGUUCACGGCUCCCUAGUAGUAGGGUGUAUCCAGUAUCCAGUACACGGCACAUAAGAAUAGGAUCUGUUCCCACAUCAGGCUCUUCACCGUCUUCAACACACUCCUCAUCAACAUCAUCAUCUUCCUCCUCUCAAAACAGUCCAGCAGAAACACCACUUAUCUCAAAUUCAGACAUAGCAGACAGGAGUAAUACUAAUGCUAGGUUAAAUCCAAGUUCAGUUUCUCGCUCUUCCCAUGGGCUGUCAGCUGGUGAAAGCUCUAGUAGGAAUACAUCUCCUGAGUCUCGAAAUCCAGUGAUGGGAUCGAGAUUGCGGUCAAUUUCAAAGGACAACACUCCAGCUAGUGGCUACAAACCUAGCUAUGAAAAAGGCAAAAACGGACGGCCAAAUCUCACAGCUGCAAAUAGCAAAGCAUCCUCAACAUCUGAUGAAAAUUCAACACCAAAUGGAGUCCGACAUAUCACAGGUCCUGAUGGAACAAAAUGGGUGUUAGAUCUUGAUAAGGGUGUCCUAAUGAAUGAAAACGGCAGAGUUCUUCAGGAUUCAAGAGGAAGACCCAGAAAAGUUGUCCUUGGAGAGGAUGGCAAGACUAUAUUAGAUGAUCAGGGCAGCCCACUGGUAAACCAGGAAGGAUUAGCAUUAUUUGGUCAUGGAAGAGACAGUCGGCCUGUGGUUAAUCCUAGUGACAAAUACCUUACUGUGGGAGGAAAACCCAUCAUUGGCUUGGACCGCCCUAAACCAAGGAUUACAACCACGACUACAACAACCACUACAAUCGAAACUACAACAACACCAGAACCUACUACAACAGAAUUGGUAACAGAAACAUUGGAGCAGUCAACAUUAGCGGCUGAGCCUACAUGUCCACCUGGACUUUAUUCUCGACUGGAUCAGAAUGGUUUCCCAGUAUUGGAUGCUGAUGGAAUACUUAACUGCUACUCUGAAGAUACUCUUUUUGAGGAGACUACCACAACCCCAGUUCCACUUCCUACCACAACGCUGGCUCACACAACAGAGACUCCUACAACACAGCCUCUAACUCCUGAGACACGGCCUUUGAACAACACUCCUUCUUCUGAGUUUGAUGUGGCCGGAAAGAAACGGUUCACAGCUCCAUAUGUAAACUACAUCCGUAAGGAUCCUGGAGCUCCCUGCUCCCUGACCGAGGCUCUGGAGUACCUUCAAGUAGAUGUCUUAGCAGACUUGAUGGAGAAGGAACAGCAAUCAGUCAAUCAAAAGCAGCCACCCAAAAACAAGCCUCAUAAUGUCACUGUGGUUGCUAUGGAGGGCUGUCACUCCUUUGUGAUUUUGGACUGGGCACUUCCACUGAAAGAUGACAUGGUGUCUGGCUAUAUGGUACACAGCGCGUCCUAUGACGAUGUCCUAAAUAACAGAUGGUCAACCAGAUCCUCAAGUGGAACCCACCUCCCUGUUGAAAAUCUCAAGCCCAAUUCCAGGUAUUACUUCAAAGUUCAAGCAAAGAAUAUCUUUGGACUGGGGCCACUGAGUGAAACUUUAACAUACGUUACAGAAUCAGAUGAUCCCCUGCUCAUAGAGAGACCCCCAGGUGGGGAGCCCAUCUGGAUCCCAUUCUCGUUCAGGUAUAACACCGCCCACAGUUCUUGUAAAGGAAGUCAGUUUGUCAAGCGCACCUGGUAUAGGAAGUUUGUCGGCGUCGUCCUCUGCAACUCGCUACGCUAUAAAAUCUUCAUGGGAGAUGGACUGAGAGAGCCGUUCUACAGCGUUGCUGAUACAUUUGGCCACGGAGAGGACCACUGCCAGUUUGUGGACUCUUAUCUAGAUGGAAGGACAGGACCACACAAUCUCUCCCUCAGCCUACCCACAGCUCAAGGAUAUUAUCGGUCAUAUAGGCAAGAGCCGGUGAAUUUCGGUGCCAUCGGAAGGCGCACACCACAUCCUUUCGUUGGCUGGUAUGAAUGUGGAGUUCCAAUCCCUGGAAAGUGGUAACAGGGGGGAAACUCCAAGAGGACAUUUCCACAGGCAAUUACAUUCCACGUGUUCUGUCCCUGUAUCUAUAAGCCAAUCACAGAGGUGAACCAUUGUUCACCA